AUGGCGAUCCUACACGAGAUUCCCGCGGGGGCCGACGACGCCGGUGUCGACGUGCCUACCGAGGGGUCGAGCGCCACGUACGAAAAGUUCGCGAUAGAUGCAUACGGAAAUCCGGUGCGCCUUCCCCCGGAGGCGUCGGACUGGAUCCUCGACGAUUCCGACUCGGACGAGCUGGAAGACGAGGAGGAGCCUACGGCGCAGGAACUCUACGAGGAAAUCCAAGACAACCGCAUGAGCGAGCCACUCGAAUCGAGCCUGGACUUGUUGAUCUGGUGCAUGCCCUUCAUCUUUGUAUUUGAGCUGCUCAAUGUUCUCAUCCAGCAACAAUACCAGGUCGAAGUGACGCUCCUGCGCGAGCUCAAGACGGUCGUAUCGCGUCUGCCGGUCCUGGUCUUGUUCAUCUGGUGGACAGCCCUGCGCGAUCGCCGCGCGUGGCUCGUCCAGAGCACCGUCUUUCUACUGGGCACACUCAGCGGAGGCCAUUUUAUAUACCUUGUCAACGAAGCGCCCUAUGGAAGGGCUAUCACCCAAACCCCCGCGCUCGGCACCCUGUGGAUGUACUGCGUGGUAAAAAUGGACCUCGUGCUGGCCUGUGUCAGCCUCGCGGCCAUCUAUGCUUACGUCAGAUACGCUGGCCUGAACCUCAUUCUGUAG